ACUUUUGGAGGUGCACUAAACCGGAUUAUUUAUCUCUCUACCACAGGAUACACCAAUAGUUGUACUAAGCACAGUAUUUUAGGUGUACUUUUGUGUGUCGAUCAUUUGUAUUUGGUCGUCGGAAUCUGACCAGUAACUCCGACUUUGAAGACAGUUUACGUUAGCGAGGAUAGCUAACGUUAGCUGGUAACAUUAGCUAACGUUAGUUGGCUUUAUUUAUCGAUGUCGAGCCGGUGGGCUGGGUGCUUGAACUUGUCCUAAUUAUAAAAAUAACGUCACCAUAAUACUCAUUCAAUCUGUCUGUUGAAAACAGUCUAUCAUCUACUUCAACAUGGAUGUCAGUUUGACUGUGACGCUGAUGAGAGAUCAGCUGGGGACCGUGAUCGAACAGGCGGUGACCGUGGCUGUCGAAACCGUGCUGGGGGAGAUGGUCAGAGUGGUGGGGUGCAAGCUGGAGGAAUACAGUAAGGAAAUGACGGCGAAGGAAAAGGAGAACGAAAGCAUCAGGCAAAUGCUGGAGAUUUCCCAGUGCCAGAUGAAAACCAUGCGAAAGUACCUGAGCGCUGUGAUCGCCAAAGACGAGCGACAUGCCCUUAUGAGUCAAAGGAACAGUGUGUGUAAACAGAAUGAACCGAACAGGACUUACCGCCCACCAGCAGGAGAGUCGCAGCUUCUUCCCGGUGCUAAACGGACAAAUAAGGGGGGUGACGGCGGGCUGACCGUUAAUGCGAAAGCGCAUAACCCUUUGACACAGAAUCAAAGUGCCUACGCAUCUGAGGGCUCAACCAGAGCCUUAUCUUCAAGUGACAGAUCGGCUACAAAACCAUCAGGCACCCCCGAUCUCGCCAAAGAAUCUGCCACAAGAGGGAGGGAAGACUCGCACAAUAAUACCAGUCACGGCGGUUCAAGAGAAGCGUCGGAGCAUGCGGCACGUUUGAAGGAGGAGAGCAGGGAGCGCCCAGAGGGGGAGAGUGGCAGCCAAGGGAAGGAGGACACUUCCGAGCCAGCGUGGGGCGCUAGGCAACUGAGCGGCUCGCAGGGGGAGCGCCCGGCGUCCCCCAGCUCGGACACCCACUCCCUCCUUAAGACGGACGCCAACGCCGUGGCGGAGGCCAGCGCCUCCACGGCCUGGGACACGCCCAUGCAGGCCAAGGAGGAGCAGGCGGAGAUCGAGAUCAUCUGCAUCAAGGAGGAGCCUGAAGACCUGGAGCUUUACCCAGUGAUCCCCCAAUGCCCCGGCCAGGGCAGCGAGGAGGGGAGUCCGUUGGACAUCAUCAUGCCCCCGGACACUGAGGACGCGGACGAGCUGAGAGAGGCCGCCUUCGCCAUGAGCGGCCUCAUGUAUGGGGACAUAGAAAAGCACGCAGGAGCGCAGAGGCAGGCCCGGUGGCGGCACCGGAUGCGAGACCCGGGCCUGUACGAGGACCACCGGCAUCGCAAGGCGGAGCUGAAGCGGCGCAGCCAGCACCGGCGGCGCGAGCGGGAGAAGAGCCUGCCGCAGCCGCUGCUGGCUGCGCUGGAGCGGGAGCGGCGGGAGAAGAACCGCAUCCGCGUGGCGCGCUGGCGGGCCAAGCGCAAGCUGCAGGCGGGCCUGGCGGUGCCCCAGGCCGCGCCGUUCGGCUGCGCCCCCGCGCAGACGGGCCACGCGCAGCAGAACGACAAACUGCACUGUCACCCGCAGUAUGGCGCCGCCCCGCAGGCCAGCGGCCUCCUGUACGGCAGCGCGCACUGUGAGAACGGCACGCUCUUCUCCUCCCUGCCGUUCGGCUCCAACCCUCUGCUGCCAGGGCUGAGGCACGACACAUAACAGGCGCGGUCAGACGACCCGGGGCGACACUGUCCUCACAGCAGGGCAUUCUGGGAGCAGACUCUGAACUCUACCAAUAAAGCACGUCCAGACAACUGAGAUUUCCAGGUUUCUGUGACCGGGGGGGGGGGAUCUUUUGCUCAUGAAAGAAGCUGUGGAAAAGGCACAGCUUUCAGGACAGGGAGAUUCAACUGAAUUGAAGUUAGCAAGACGUAUCACUGUAGCUGUUUCAGAAGAACAAAGGAAGUGGGGCAAUACAUGGGAAACUAAGAUACACAGAUGUUUUG